AAAACUACGAAUUAGCAUACGUGUUCAUACGAUUGUCCCCAUUUGAAAAAUUACGCGAAAGUUCCCAAAUCCACCGACGAAAACUCGUCUUCCUCUCCUUUAUAUACAUAUAAGUCAUUUCUCAACCACCCUCUGGCUUCUAAAACCAUGUCCGAGAUCGAGGUCGUCGCCGACAACGGCGGCGGCAACAACAGCAACGCCUUGUUCGGAAAAUACGAGCUUGGUAAGCUCCUCGGAUGCGGCGCAUUCGCCAAAGUCUACCACGCGCGAGACCGCCGCACGGGGCAGAGCGUCGCCGUUAAAAUCCUCAACAAGAAGAAACUCCUCGCGAACCCGACCCUCGUCAACAACGUCAAGCGCGAGAUCUCGAUCAUGAGGCGUCUCUCUCACCCUUACAUCGUCAGGCUCCACGAGGUGAUGGCGACCAAGGGCAAAAUCUUCUUCACGAUGGAGUUCGUCAAAGGAGGAGAGCUCUUCAACAAAAUAUCAAAACACGGUCGUUUAAGCGAGGAUCUCGCCCGCCGUUAUUUCCAGCAAUUAAUCUCGGCCGUCGGUUACUGCCACGCGCACGGGGUGUACCAUCGCGAUCUCAAACCGGAGAAUCUAUUGAUCGACGAGAACGGGAAUUUAAAGGUAACCGACUUCGGUUUAAGCGCGUUGACGGAUCAGAUCAGACCGGACGGUUUGUUGCAUACCUUGUGCGGCACGCCUGCUUACGUGGCGCCCGAGAUUCUCUCGAAGAAGGGAUACGAAGGCGCGAAGGUGGACGUGUGGUCAUGUGGCAUCAUCUUAUUCGUCCUCGCGGCAGGUUUUUUACCGUUUAACGAUCCGAAUGUGAUGAACAUGUACCGGAAGAUUUACAGAGGAGAGUAUCGUUGCCCUAGGUGGAUGUCUCCGGAUCUGAAACGGCUCGUUUCUCGUCUUCUUGAUAUCAAUCCGGAGACGAGGAUCACCGUCGAUGAGAUUCUUAAGGAUCCUUGGUUCGUUAAAGGAGGUGUUAAGCCGAUUAAGUUUCACGAUCAUGAUUCCGGUUUGGUGAAGGAGAAAGGUGAAGGUGUGAAGAGCCUAAACGCGUUUGAUUUGAUUUCGUUCUCCUCGGGGUUGGAUCUCUCCGGUUUGUUCGCCGGCGGGAGCGGUUCGAUCGGUGAGACGGAGAGGUUUGUUUCGGAGAAGUCGCCGGAGAAAUUGGCGGAGGAGGUGGAGGCUUUCGCGGAGGAGGAGAAGCUGAGGGUGAAGAAGAUUGAGGAGUGUGGGUUUGAGAUGGAGGGGUAUAAUGGGAAAUUCGUAAUUGGAGUGUAUAUUUCGCGGCUGAAUGAUUUGCUCGUGGUGGUGGAGGCGAGGAGGAGAGGUGGGGACGCGGAUUGUUACAAGGAGAUAUGGAGUAACAAACUCAGGGCUCAGCUUGAACGCGUUUGCGAUCAAACGCCAGUCGCAACUGUGGAUUUUUCUUGAUGUGCUUUCGAAUCAAACGCUGAUCGCUGCGGUUGGAUGGAUGAGCUGGAUUGAUUUGUGUUCUUAAAUUUAUUACCCAAAAAUGAAAAAAAAAUUAACAAUAUAUAAUUAUAUAAUUAUAAUACUAUACUAAAUUGUAGGUAUCUAUUUUGCUUCUUGGUAAAAUCAAACUCACUAUGUACAACAACAAGUCUAAAUUGCACUUGUAGAUACUUUACUCUUUUGAAUAAUAUAUAAAAGUUGUUCUAAUUA